AUGGACUCAGAAGACGGGGAAUUAUUCAUUAAGCAACUUGCCAACUUUGUGCGGACGCACGAAAAGGCCCUUGCGAACGCACUUCAGUUCCGGAGGCAAAACGUGCCUCGCCAUGGACCCUCCCAAAGUGUGUCGUCAAUCCCGACGGGGACCAUGCCACCGCCGUCCGUACCUGAAAGACCUUCGACGUCCGCCUCGACGUCGAGCACACUCGCCGCCGCCCUGUCGUUUGGAACGUUAAACUUUACGUCACACACUAUCAAGUCUGCAAGGUUGGCCCUCACCGCACACCAUCUCUUCUACUUGCUCUCUCGCUUCGAAGAGCUCGGUAUCCCUGUCGGGCCGAUGAAAGUUCGUCUUGAGAACCUGCAUGAUAGUACUGCCUCGGCAAACUAUGUGUCAUUCCUGGGACAGUCGCAACGUUCCAAGAGCCGCGGCUCCGACGUCGGCUCGAUUCACUCCGUCUCGAGCAUUAGGAGCGUCAUGUCUAGCAUGUCCGCUCUCUGGGCAAGCCUCGGGAUUGGCUCAAGCAUAUCAGCGGCAAGGACGGAAAGACAGAAGGCGGCACUUCAGGCGGACUUGAAGUACCUCUAUUCUGCCUUCACCAAGAUCCCCUCCCUGAAGCUGGCACCCGACUUCCAAGCUCGCCUCAUCAAGGGUUACGAGGAGUUUCCGUUUGACUCCGCGGUGCCACUCUACGUGUUCAAAAACGUGCAGGCGCUUGAGGUCAGCGACAUCGACUUCAGACAGUUUUUCGGCUGGGACAGGCUUGCCGAGCAGCUUCGAUCUCUUACGCUCAAGCGCGCCAGCGUGGACGACCCAGCCGAUAUUCUGAUUGAUAUCGUGCUAGACGACAUGGAUAAGAGGCGCCGCCGCUCGUCCAAGACUCAUGGGUCGCCCACCCGACCAUGGCCUGCGGCCGCGACUCCUCGAAGAAGCCCGACUAUGUCCAACAGUGACCUGCCCAGGUCCUCAGUCAUCCCAGGCUCUCCCGGGCCGAGGAAAUCCACAGCUGAUCUGCAGGUUGGAUCGCUGAACAGCGAAGCUGGGGCUGAGCAGGAUGGAUCUAAUGGGCCGGAUAGUAGACGGCCAUCGAUCGUCAGGAUUGAUAGCGAUGAAACGGGCUCGCCGUCCAAGGACGGCACCCGGACACGAAGCCAUUCUCCCCGACGACCUGGGAGCUCCAGGAAUCCGUCCGCUAAUGUUCGCGGAUCUUACAAGAUCCGUCGGUCCGGGUCUGGGAGUUCUCACUCGAGCCUCUCGGAUUCGUGGCACAAUUCUCGCGGGAGCUCGUCGAACCUCUUGGCCACGGCUAUCCUCCCAGCGUCAAAGUGGCGCUUUCUCAAGCACCUGAGCCUGGCGGAUAAUUCCCUGACCGCAAUUCCCGCAGCGAGUCUGGCGCCGCUUGCUAACAUCCUUCACUCCCUCGACCUCUCCUCAAACCUCUUUACGCAGGUGCCCGACAGCCUAGCGACUCUCAGUGCUCUGCGUGCUCUAAACCUGGCCUAUUGCAUGAUAGAAUCGCUACAUUCCCUGACACGCAAUCCCCUGCCCGCGAUCACUGCUCUAAACCUGCGAGCGAACCGUCUGCAAUCUAUUGCGGGAAUCGAAAGGCUCCUGCCCCUCGAGAGACUGGAUUUGAGGGAGAAUCGUCUGGCUGACCCCAUGGAGUUGGCUCGGCUGACUGGACUUCCCGAGAUUCGCGAGAUCUAUGUGGAAGGCAACCCAUUCACACGCACCCACCGUGACUACCGAAUCACAAUCUUCAACCUGUUCCGGAAGACCCCCGGAUAUACGGAAGACAUCACUAUUGACGCCACCGGGCCAACGUACUCCGAGAAACGCUAUUUGGUGGAGCGAGCCGAAAUGCCUCCGGCCAUCCCAGUGGUCAAGCCCGAACCCCCGGAGAUUCCAGCUGUCGAUGUUAGUAGGCCGGCCAUCAUCUACGAUGCCCCUCCUAAGGAGCCCGCGGUUCUCCGGAAAGACAGGCCCCUACCCAAGACUGCAUCCAGCGAAGUCAACACCAGCUCCUCGCGCCGUCGCCGGGCGCCCAAGCGCCGAAUAGUAGAUCUGGCUACUAGUGAGACAAGUGUGCCCUAUUCGCGGCCCGUUAACCGCGGUGUGGCACCUGGCAACAUCAGCCUUGAUUCGAAUGGCCACUACCGCACUUCGCAGCCACCCGAGGUACAUGAGGCACUGCAGAGUCCGUUGGCGGAGAGUUUCCCUUCCAACACACGCGAAGCGACCGCAGACAUCCCCAGGAUUGAUACUGAUGUCGUUUCCCAUUUGCCAUCCUUUUUCGGAUCACCAGAGAGCAACAUUGACUGGGAUGUCGGGGGCGAGCUCUACAGGCGCAAAAUCGAAGAUCUACGCAACAAGGUCGGCAACGGCUACUUGAGUGUCCUCAGCGAAGAAGGUUGGGACCCUGCUUCCCAUCCACCUGAUUAUCGCGAGGCAACUGACUUUGGUGCAACCUCCCCAUCCAUCCAUUCGGAUCCAACGAUACCCAGAACUUCAAACAUGCAAGCCAUAUCCAGUGGUGGGACGCUUGUUUGA